AAUUUAACAACUUUUUAGUAAUAAAGCAAAAAGACCAAAAUAUCCUCUUGGAACCCAAUUCUCUCUCUCUCUUGUCUUUCUUUCUUUGUCAAAAAUUCUUCUAGGGUUUCAAAAAUGGCAAACAACACCAAUAAAGAAGAACCAAGCACUGCUCCAAAGCCUAAUCGCUGGUACAAUAUAAGUUUAGGGUCUUCUUUCAAGGACCAACACCAGCCUUCACUCAAAUUCUGCACUUUACGCUAUGAAUUUAAGCCAGCAUCAAUUGAUAAGAACCAACCAGGAUCAUUCCACAAGGCUAAGGAUAACCGGGUUAAGGUAGAAUUUGAAAACAACCAACAUGGAAAACCCAAGGUGACGUUUGAGGGUGUCAGUGAAGAUUACAAGGACAAUGAUGCGGUGUUAUUCUUUGAUGGCGAGACUUUUCGAAUGGAGCGGUUACACCGAGCAGUGAAGCGGUUGAGGCAUGUACGGCAGCCUGGUGAGUCCACAGCUGCAGCUACCACAGCUAUGGCUCCUUCAGUCGGCCCUUCUGCAGAUUCUUAUUCACCUCCACUUGCUAAAGGAGCAAAGCAUGAGUCUUUGAACAAAGGCCCAGUUCAGCCAGUGUCACUUCAGGUGGAACAUAUUGACACUGGUGACUUUGAGAGUGGAGAAUCUAGAAAGGAGAACAAUGUGCAGUACCCAUCUUCACUUCCUAAUCAACCAACUGCAUCACCUGACCCCAAAAAUUAUGAAUCAGAAGAACAGGUGGAUAUAGUGAAUGAUGACGAUGAUAAUUAUGGUUUAGGGACAGCUAAGCAAGAAAAUGCCUCUGAAAAGGUUCCAUACACUGCUAUUGGUAUUGAUAUUAACUUACCACAUCAUGGUGACACAGAUGAUGAGAUUGCUGAUGUAGAUGUAAGUGAUGAUGAAGAACAUAAAGUGGGACGUAAUGCAGCAGAAGCUCUUAGAGCUCAGGUGAAUGCAGAAGGGAAAGAAGAACAGACUUCAAGCUCAAGCAGUAGCAGUGGAAGUGAGAGUAGCGGGAGUGGGAGCGGGAGUGGGAGCAGUAGUAGUGAUAGUGAAAGCAGUGAUGGUGACUCAGUCAUCUCUAUUUAAGUGAUAACAAUCAUGCAGAUUUACUUCGAGAAUUACAGCAACAGCCUAGUAGUCAUUUUGAACAGCCUAAUUGGUUGGAAAACUGAGGUUUAAAAUUUGUUGUGAAAAAUUGCAUGGGAAAGUGUUUUGAGAUUUUUGAGCGUUUAGCAUUGCUGUGAAAAUUUGUUGUAAUGAAUUAAAAUGUUCAAAAGACAUUAAUGAAAUAAUGAGAAGCUGAGCUGUACAGAGAUAUACUAGUAA